AUGAGGAAGGUUGCAGGGAUUGUGGCAAGCUUAGUCAUGCUAGUGAUGAUGAUGGUUCCAAAAACUGUGAGUGACAAAAGCAUCAACACCAUCGUCACAGAACAAUUCUUCGACGGCAUAAUCAAUCAGGCUGAUCCUGGUUGUGCGGGGAGGAGCUUCUACUCGCGUGAUGCUUUCCUCAAAGCUCACAAGUCCUACCAUCGGUUUGGUAUGCUCAGUGACCAAGAUGAUUCCCAUCGUGAAGUUGCAGCUGCUUUUGCCCAUUUCACCCUUGAAACUAGACAUUUCUGCUACAUAGAAGAGAUUGGAGGAACAUCAAGGGACUACUGUGAUGAAAGCAACACUGAGUUCCCAUGUGUCCCUAACAAAGGGUACUAUGGUCGGGGACCUAUCCAACUAUCAUGGAACUUUAACUAUGGACCAGCAGGGCAGAACAUAGGUUUUGAUGGGUUGAAUGCUCCAGAGACAGUGGCCAAUGACCCUGUUGUGUCCUUCAAGACAGCAUUGUGGUACUGGAUGGAGUUUGUUCGCCCUGUCUUGGACCAGGGCUUUGGAGCAACCAUUAGAGCCAUCAAUGGCCGAGUUGAAUGUAAUGGAGGAAACCCUAUCACUGUUCGUGCUCGUGUUCGUUACUACAUCCAGUAUUGUUCUCAACUUGGUGUUGAUCCUGGUGAAAAUCUUUAUUGCUAA